UGUAUUGAAUUUAGUUGAUGUCAUGGUUGGAUCACGAACUCUGAUUGGAGGAAUUUUUAGACGCUUAGGCGUCAAGCGCUUUGAAAGUAAUAAAUAUUUGGAUUACACUCUCACUCCUAUACAGAAGGAGCGUCUUCAAAGGCUUCAAGAAAGAUUGAACAUACCAUUUGAUGAAGAAAGCCUUGAACAUCAAAAAGCUCUUAUAGAUUUGUGGUAUUUAGCAUAUCCAGAUGUUAAACUUCAAGGUUUGAUCUCAAAGCAAUGGAAGGAUAUGGGGUGGCAUGGAGUCAAUCCAUCAACCGACUUCAGGUUCAAUUGCACUUUUUUUUAA